AUGGUGAAUCGUAACGAGAGACGUGCUGUGGCCUGCAUACUGUUGACGGCGAUAGCUGUCGUUGCGGCCGCUUCGUAUGAUCGGGAACGACUUGAAAUUGCGAAGCAAAUCCUCGAAGAAGUACCCCUAACCGACGGACAUAACGAUUUACCAUGGAACAUCCGCAAGUUUCUACGCAAUCAAAUCAACGAUUUCGAACUGGACACCGAUUUAACCCAAGUGGAACCCUGGUCUAAAUCAAAGUAUUCGCAUACUGAUCUUCCUAGACUCAGAAAAGGCAUGGUCGGAGCACAGUUUUGGUCAGCCUUCGUACCGUGUGCAGCUCAAAACAAGGAUGCCGUUCAGUUGACUCUUGAACAAAUCGAUGUCAUACGUCGACUUGUAGCCAAAUAUCCUCACCAGUUUCAACUCGCUACCUCUGUUACUGAUAUCCUUGAAGCUCACAGUGCUAGGCCUCGUAAAAUCGCUUCUUUGAUUGGCAUUGAAGGUGGACACUCUAUUGGCAACUCCUUAGGCAUUCUUCGCAGCUACUAUCAACUCGGAGUACGCUACAUGACUUUAACUCAUACAUGUAACACUCCAUGGGCUGAUUCUGCCAACGAAGCACCAGUCGCUAACGGACUCACGGAAUUCGGAGAGAAAGUGGUCCGUGAGAUGAACCGUCUUGGCAUGCUGAUUGAUUUAUCCCACGUGGGCGAGAACACUACUAGAGCGGCCAUACGUCUCUCGAAAGCGCCGGUCAUUUUCAGUCAUUCUUCAGUCUACAGUUUAUGUCCUCACAAACGAAAUGUCCCCGAUGAUAUCAUACAAUCCCUGAAAGUAAACGGUGGAAUUAUUAUGGUUAACUUCUUUCCUGAUUUUGUGAAAUGUGCACCAAAUGCUACCAUAUCCGAUGUUGCUGAACAUUUCCAUUACCUGAAGAGGAUGAUAGGAGCUGAUUAUGUUGGUGUUGGCGGUGACUUUGACGGAGUUAAUAGAGUUCCCCGCGGCUUGGAAGACGUUUCCAAAUAUCCCGAAUUGUUUGCUGAAUUACUGCGAAGUGGUCAGUGGAGUGUUCAGGAACUGAAGAACCUUGCCGGGUUGAAUAUACUACGAGUUAUGCGCCAAGUUGAAAAGAUCCGUGACGACAUGCGAACCAAUGGCUCCGAGCCCGAAGAACACCCUGAUUCUCCCAAUGACAACGGCAGCUGCACCAGCAAUGCUUUCUAUACUGACGACGUUUAA